UUGAAGACGUUGAUAACACAACCGAAGAAAAUGAUUUUCAUCAAAAAGUUAAACAAAAAGACAACACUGUUAAGAAGAUUGCUAUUUCGCAAAUAAAACAACAAAAUAUUCAUAAAAGAAAUGAGAAUGGAACUAUUCAAAUAAAUUCAUUUAAUUCUAAAGAAAAUAUUGAGACUACUAAUUUUUACAAUGGAGUUGACCGUGUUGAUGAUAUGGUACAUAGUAACAUUAUUGAAAUUGUGCCUAAAAGAUCACAGUUAAUGUUAUCUGAUAUCAAACACCAAAAAUCACAUAAAAAUAAUUAUGAAGAAAUAUUACACUUAACUAAGCAGAACAAGAAACCUAAAUCGAAAAAAACUUUUGAGUGCAACUAUUGUAAUAAGAUGUUUAUAGUGAAAUCAAAUAUAACAGCUCAUAUUAGAACUCACACCGGUGAAAAACCAUACGCAUGUGAUUUGUGUGAAAAAACUUUUACUCAGAAAGUAAAUAUGAUGUGUCAUAGGAGAACACAUACAGGAAAUACACCUUAUUUAUGUCGAAUUUGUAAAAGGACAUUUAUCACUAAGUCAUUAUUAGACUCCCAUGAAUGGACACACACUGGUGUUAAACCAUUUAAGUGUGAAAUUUGUGAUAGUGAAUUUUCUCGGAAAUCAGGUUUAGUUUAUCACCAAAACCACUGUCACACAGGUGAAAAACUUUUUAAGUGCAAUGUUUGUGACAAAGCUUUUUACAGAAAAGCAUUUAUGAAAAAUCAUAUGAAAGUCCAUAUUACUACGCAAUUAGAAAAGUGCCAUAUUUGUGAUAAAACAUAUUAUCUUAAGUCAAGUUUACGAAGACAUUUGUUGGUCCAUUCUGGUGAAAAGAUGUUUGAAUGUGAUAUGUGUAAGAUAUCAUUUUUUGAAAAAAAAAAACUAAUUGAUCAUUUAAGAUUACAUGCUGGUGAGAAACCUUUUAAAUGCAUCGAGUGUAACGAAAGAUUUGGGCAAAAAGCUGUUUUACAGUCACAUAUGAGAACUCACAGUACUGAACAAAAAUAUAAAUGUGACACAUGUGGAGUAGUCUUAAAACAAAAAUUUAAUUUAAUUAAACACAUAAAAACCCAUCUUGCCUUCAAAUCAAACUUUAGGUGUAAAUUUUGUAAGACUAAAUUAUUACAAAAAUCAACCUAUAUGUGUCAUAUGAAAAUGCAUUCUAAAAACAAUUCUUAUAAAUGUAGUAUAUGUGGUGUUUCAUAUCCACAAAAAACCGACAUGAUUAAACAUGAAAAGACUCAUAUGAUUGAAAAGGCUCUACUAACUUGUAAUGUAUGUAAUCAAUCUUUUCCUUCAAAAUUAAAACGUAUAAAUCACGAGAGAAAAUUUCAUACCGUACAAUCAUUUCAUUGUCUUAUCUGUUUUAAAUUGUUUUUUGAAAAAAAGGAUCUUACACUACAUAUUAAAUUGCAUAUGAAGAAUAUGACAUCUGAAUGUUUGAUUUGUAAAAAAUCAUUGCUACAAGUACCUGUUUCGGAUAAAGUAUUAAGAGAUAUAACUGGAAAUAAAAAAAAUAUAUGUGAUGUGUGUUCUGUCAUCUUCUAAUCUAUCAGAUAUGCAACUAGCUGGAACAUAUUAUAAAGACAGUAUACCGCCAUUCCUGAAGUUUCUAGCCAUAUUGAAGUUCACUCUUUUAAAUGGGACGGAUUAAAUAAUUUAUUUUUAUGUACAUUACAUUUUUAUUUUAUAUUUUAAUCGUUUUUAUUUUAUUAUUGUAAUUUUUCAAAUUUAAUUUAAAAUUGUUUUCAAUAAUUACUUACAGAUGAUUUGUGAACUGGGCGCUUUAUAAAUUGAUGCGCCUAUUAAUUGAAUUUACAUGACAAAUUACAUUACAUUAAAAUUCAAGUUCUAUUAAUAACAAUGAUCUGAAUGAAUCUGUUUUAACAUUAUGAUAUUUAAAUAUAUAUAUUUUAAUUAAAAUGAAUUAAUAUAAUUAUUAUACUAUUGAUAACAUAUGUUUUAUGUUGUUAUUAUACUCUGUGAUGGAAGUAUUGUCUAAUGAAAAUAUUGAUGUGAGAGCUGGGAAUAAGUAAAAAACAAUUGUUUAAACACAUUAUUAAAUUCAAUAAGCUUAUUAGCUUAUUGACCAGCCCAGAGGCUUCUUUUUGAAUUGCAAAAUAUUGACUGUGUAGUUGAUGCAAUGCCUAUA